AUGAGUGACGAUACGGGCAAGCCACCCGUUGAACAAACUCCCUCGACCCCAACAAGGUCAAGUCCAAUAAAUUCCGAAAUAAAAAUAUUUUACUAUAUUGACGAUCAAGAUCCUCCUUAUUUAACAAAAUUAAAUCUAACCGAUGUGCCACGUUUAAAAGAUUUUAAAAGUGCUCUUGAUCGUAAUUGUACAAAAUAUAAAUUUUUCUUUGCAACAAAUGAUCCAUCCAUUGGAAAAGUUAAAGAAGAAAUCACGAAUGAUGAACAAGUUUUACCAUUUGAUACAACAGAUCGUAUUCUUGCUUAUCUUGUUUCGACCGAAGGUAGUACAACAUCAAGUGGUGGUGGUGGUGGUGGUGGUGGAGGAGGAAAUAAACCGUCUAAACAUCAUCAUUAUCAUCAUGACCGUGAUGAGACUAUGACAACAUCAACCACAAAUAGUUCAUUUAAUAUUCAACAGCCACGUUUACAACGUACAAGUCGACGCUAUGCAUCAGCAAAUAGUGCUGAUUAUCAAAAAUACUUGCAUAAACAACAACAAACUAUUAAUGACGAUGCUACAUCAUUUCCCAAUAGUGACAUAGAAUCAACAACAUUUCUAGAUGAAACUGAAGAUGAUAGAUAUUCAACCGUGACAGAUUCCACAUCAAUGUCAUCAAGGUACCAUGGUUAUAAUCGACCUCGCAGACGAAAACAUCGAUUACCAGUUGGUCUUGAUAGAAUUUCAUCAUUCAGCAGUCUUAAUUCAGAAUCAACUAUGACAUUAAAUAUAAUAACUGUAACACUCAAUCUAGAUGCAGUCAACUUUUUGGGUAUUAGUAUUGUUGGACAAAGCGAUAGAACAGGCUCUAGUGAUGGAGGCAUUUAUGUGGGAUCGAUAAUGAAAGGAGGAGCAGUAGCUCAAGAUGGUCGCGUUGAACCUGGAGAUAUGAUUCUUCAAGUUAAUGAUAUUAGUUUUGAAGGAUUAUCUAAUGACGAUGCCGUUAAAAUUCUUCGUGAAUCUGUACAAAAGCCAGGACCAAUCAAGUUAGUCGUUGCAAAGUGUUGGGAUCCAACACCUCGAGGAUAUUUCACACUACCACGCCAAGAACAAUCACGCCCUGUUGAUCCAUUAUCAUGGCUUGCACAUACACAAGCUGUUCAAAAUACAUAUAAUAAUCCUCAGCAUCAAUUCUUAGCGCAUCACCCAUCUAAUUAUAGACAAUCGAUGGUUAAUUCAACAGCCAAUAUGAAUUCAACAAUAUCAACUACAAACAAUACAAUGAUGGAUAAUGAACGCUGUGGCUAUGAUCUUAAUUUAACUGUCAAUUCAGAUAUGGAUACAAUUGUUCGCGCUAUGGCUGAGCCUGAUUCUGGUCUUGAUAUACGCGAUCGCAUAUGGCUUAAAAUACCCAUACCAAAAUCAUUUCUUGGAUCUGAGUUGGUCAAUUGGCUGUUCGACCAUGUCGAUGGAUUUGUUAAUCGAAAUGAUGCGAGAAAAUAUUCUUCAUCAAUGCUUAAAGCUGGUUAUAUUCGACAUACCGUUCAUAAAUUGACAUUUUCUGAACAGUGUUAUUAUGUUUUCGGAGAUCUUUAUACACAAGGUAUAUCUCAAUUAACUCUCAAUGAAGAACCUGAAGAUUAUGAAUCUGUGUCGGAUAAAACAAGUAUUGAUCGUCGUAGUGGGGAUUCAUCUUUAACUACAACACGACAAAAUACAUUAACAACAUUUGGUUUUGUCGAUAAAAAUAAUGCUCCACUUCAAUCACCUUGUCAUUCUAUACUUACUGAUACACAUAACUCAGGUUGUGCAGGUGUACAAUCCUUUCCAGGAUCAGCAUAUCAUAAUGAGCCACGACAUUUAAGUAGCGUGCCGAACGAACUGCGCUCAAGCAAAGAAUCAUUUCAACAUGCUAUGACAAAUCCUUUGCCACGCGACUUUUUUGUUGAUGUCAUGUAG